GAUCAACCUAUCACCGACUAUCAAUAUGGAGUACGCAAGUCCAUCACCUUAGUUGGAAGAGAACGGAGAGAUAUGAGAAGGAUGCUUGCUUGGAGACACUAAAAGUAUGGUAGUCUUGCGGAGCUAGCAACCACGAGCUGACUGUUUGUUUUUAUGUCUAUACACUCUUCCCUGUAGUUGAGAAUAUGAAUUGAUCUUCAGUCUCCACACUUCGAGCGAAGUAGUAACUAUCGGGUAGACUCGAAUGAUAAAGUGACCGGCGUAUUGUUUACUGGAGGUGCGGUUGAAAUUUCUCUAUACCACCGGACUAAAUUUGAGGUUACUUUCGAUCACCACUCUACUAAGUUCACUAUGGCUUGUAUGCAAGACCGUUGUAUGAUGUGCGAUAUCACCCCCUCGCUACCGUUUUAGCACCCAACCUUAUCUUCUGCUAAGAAGACCGUUCUCCUCAUCACAUGUUACAUGUCAUUUUUGUCACGAUCCUUCUUACUUUUCCUCAAAGAACGCCAUUAUGAAGGUCUCAUGCAUUGCUAUUCUCACCGUUGCUGUUAGCACAGUCACUGGUGCUUAUAUUGACAGUACACCCGCCGAUAAAACUGCAGUUGACAGUAAAUUCUUCAAUGGCACUACUUAUGGACAUCAAAAUUCCGUAACAGUCAGUAAUGACACUACAUCCACGAAUAUCACAACAUCAGACAGCUCAUUCACGAAUGAAGAUGCAACCACCGAAAGCGUAGAAGCAGAGAAAGAAUACCAAGAAGAUGUUGCGGAAGUCAUCGAAGAUAUAGCAUUAGAUAUCCAAGAUGAUUUAGAGGACAACAAACCCCUCCUUCCCGGUAAAUUAUGUGCUAUACGUCGUAAACCUCGAUGCUGCGAAGCAGGUGGGAGAUUGUACAAAGAUGGAUGCGAACGUCUUUCGAUGCCACUACCAGCCAAUCGCAACGAAUUCCGAAGCACAUGUGAGGAAGUGAAUAAGGUCGCCUAUUGCUGCAAGAACUCUGUCGACAUGGCUCAAAUAGGAGUCAUGUGUCGCAAACCAAGAAAGUGAAUCGACACGCUCGGGAAUUCGGGCUGGGAAUGGGUAUAGAAAAGGGGUUCAAAAUGAACGACGUUUACUGUAGCAUAAUAUUAAUUUGAAUACA